UGUGUGAGAUCAGAGUCCGGGAAUGAGAGCAGCAGCAGAGUUAAGGCCCUUUCACACUGGACGCGACAUGCGCAUCAAACUUCGCUGGCCGCCGCGCUCUGCUUGUACGUCUUUUUAUUUUCUUUGCGGCCGCUCUGCGUGUACCAGAUGCGCCUGCAUCAAGACUUUCACCUCUCUGACUUUGUAUCCUCUACGAGAAUUUGUGUUUUAUGUAUUAUGUGCAAGUGUUUAAUAAGAAAAAUGUAUCGCUCAUUCAUGAAGAAGAAAGCUUUCUAACUAUCCCGACCAGUGAAGAGUGUGUCGUUUCCACAACACGGUUUUCCCCGCAGAGCCGUAGAAAAGGCUCUGGAGAUCCGUUGAACCUGUGACAAAAAGUUCACCGGACUCGGACAGAAUGUUUUCCUUCAUCGUGAGGUUCAACUUAGCGCAGCAGUUUCUACUGGUCGCGCGAAGGUGAAGGUAGAAAGUGUGUGUGAGCCGAUGUGGAUGUGAAUUGAUCAGCAUGGAUCAGUGUGAGGACAGAGAGGAGGGAGUCCCUCCCUCUAAAACCACUCUGUGUGGGGAACAUGAGAGCCAGACCAAAGCUCAGAGCCCAGAGGUGCAGGGUGUACCAGGGUCUGCUGGACCUAAGCCUAAAAUUAGUCCAGAACCUGGACCUGAACCCAGCUGUGUUUCCUUAAAGAGUGACCUGUCAAAGGAUAUUGGUGCUGACUUUAAAAAAGAACUUUUAUGUGACAAAGAGAUCAGUAAGAAGCCAGAAUCUCCUGGACCUGAGCCCAGCUGUGCAUCUUUAAAGAGCCAUCAGUCAAAGGAUAUUGGUGAAAAAUUUAGAGGAUGUCCUUCUCCUGCCAAGAGAGUGGACCAGGAGAGAGCAGAGGUUUCCACUGGUCAGUCUGCACAGCAGCGUCAAACACAGCUGGACUCUGUGUUUAUGCGGCUGGAGGACAACAUUACCAUGUUUGUCAAGAAUGAGCUGAAGAAAACCAAAAAGGUUCUGAGUCCAGAUGACCCAGAAACCAUAAAAAGCCAGAGGGAGGAUGAGGAGAUGUUUGAAGGUGAGGAUGAAGAUCAAAGAAAGAGCUGCAGAGAAGCAUUUCUGAAGAUCACAUUACACUUCUUGAGGAGACUUAAGCAGCAUGAGAUGGCUGACCAUCUGCAGAGCAAAAUAUUUGCUCCCCUCUAUAAACGUGAACUUAAAGCCCAACUGAAGAAGAAGUUCCAGUGUGUGUUUGAGGGGAUCGCUAAAGCAGGAAACCCAACUCUUCUGAAUCAGAUCUACACAGAGCUCUACAUCACAGAGGGAGAGACUGCAGAGGUCAAUGAUGAACAUGAAGUCAGGCAGAUUGAAACAGUAUCCAGGAAAUCAAAGGGACCAGAAACAACAAUCAGACAAGAAGAUAUCUUUAAAUCUUUGCCUGGAAGAGAUGAACCAAUCAGAACAGUGCUGACAAAAGGAGUGGCUGGCAUUGGGAAAACGGUUUUAACACAGAAGUUCACUCUGGACUGGGCUGAAGACAAAGCCAACCAGGACAUCCAGUUCAUAUUUCCAUUCACUUUCAGAGAGCUGAAUGUGCUGAAAGAGGAAAAGUUCAGCUUGGUGGAACUUGUUCAUCUCUUCUUUACUGAAACUAAAGAAUCAGGUAUCUGCAGGCUUGAAGACUUCCAGGUUGUGUUCAUACUUGAUGGUCUGGAUGAAUGUCGACUUAAUUUGGACUUCAACAAGACUAAAAUCCUGACUGAAACAAUGAAGUCCACCUCAUUGGAUGCGCUUCUGACAAACCUCAUCAAGGGGAACCUGCUCCCAUCUGCUCGCCUUUGGAUAACUACACGUCCUGCAGCAGCCAGUCAGAUCCCUCCUGAGUGUGUUGACAUGGUGACAGAGGUCAGGGGGUUCACUGACCCACAGAAGGAGGAGUACUUCAGGAAGAGAUUCAGAGAUGAGGAGCAGGCCAGCAGGAUCAUCUCCCACAUCAAGACAUCACGAAGCCUCCACAUCAUGUGUCACAUCCCAGUCUUCUGCUGGAUCAUUGCUACAGUUCUGGAGGAUGUGCUGAAAACCAGAGACGGAGGACAGAUGCCCAAAACCCUGACUGAGAUGUACAUUCACUUCCUGGUGGUUCAGGCAAAAGUCAAGAGGAUCAAAUAUGAUGGAGGAGCUGAGACAGAUCCACACUGGAGUCCAGAGAGCAGGAAGAUGGUUGAGUCUCUGGGAAAACUGGCUUUUGAUCAGCUGCAGAAAGGAAACCUGAUCUUCUAUGAAUCAGACCUGACAGAGUGUGGCAUCGAUAUCAGAGUUGCCUCAGUGUACUCAGGAGUGUUCACACAGAUCUUUAAAGAGGAGAGAGGACUGUACCAGGACAAGGUGUUCUGCUUUGUCCAUUUGAGUGUUCAGGAGUUUCUGGCUGCUCUUCAUGUCCAUCUGACCUUCAUCAACUCUGGAGUCAAUCAGCUGGAAGAACAACAAACAAGCUCUCAGACAGAGAAAGACUUCUAUCAGAGUUCUGUGGACAAGGCCUUACAGAGCCCAAAUGGACACCUGGACUUGUUCCUUCGUUUUCUCUUGGGUCUGAAAACUAAUCAGAUUUGUUUGCAAGGCCUGGUGACACAGACAGGAAGUAGCUCACAGACCAAUCGGGAAACAGUUCAGUACAUCAAGAACAAGCUCAGUGAGAAUCUGUCUGUAGAGAAAAGCAUCAACCUGUUCCAGUGUCUAAAUGAACUGAAUGACCAUUCUCUAGUGGAGGAGAUCCAACAGUCCCUGAGUUCAGGAAGUCUCUCCACUGAUAAACUGUCUCCUGCUCAGUGGUCAGCUCUGGUCUUCAUCUUACUGUCAUCAGAAAAAGAUCUGGAUGCGUUUGACCUGAAGAAAUACUCUGCUUCAGAGGAGGCUCUUCUGAGGCUGCUGCCAGUGGUCAAAGCCUCUAAAAAAGCUCUGCUGAAUGGCUGUAACCUGUCAGAGAGAGCAUGUGGAGCUCUGUUCUCCUCUCUUCAACUAGAAGACUGUGAGCUCAGAGAUCUAGACCUGAGUAACAACAACGUGCAAGACUCAGGUUUGACACUACUGUUUUCUCGACUGAAGACUACGAACUGGAAGCUGGAAACGCUUAGAUUGAGUGUCUGUAAUCUCUCAGAGAGAAGCUGUGAAACUCUGUCUUCACUUCUCAGCUCCCAGCCCUCCAGUUUGAGAGAGCUUGACCUGAGUAACAAUGACCUGAAGGACUCUGGAGUGAAAGUUUUGUCUUAUGGACUAGAAAGUCUGUAUUGUAAACUGGAAACACUCAGGCUGUCAGGCUGCCUGAUCACAGAAGAAGGUUGCAAGUCUCUGGUCUCAGCUUUUAGCCUCAAUUCUUCCCAUCUGAAAGAGCUGGACCUGAGCUACAAUAAUCCAGGAGAGGCAGGAGUGAAGAUGCUUGAGCAGCUAAGACUGGACACUCUGAGGGUGGAGCCUGCUGGAGUCCGAUGGUUGACACCAGGUCUGAGGAAGUAUUCCUGUCAACUCACAAUCGACACAAACACAGUGAACAGAAACCUCAAACUGUCUGACAACAACAGGAAGGUGAUACGUGUUUUAUCGAUUCCAUUAUAUCCUGAUCAUCCAGACAGAUUUGACUGGUAUCCUCAGCUGCUGUGUAAAGAUGAGCUUGAAGGUCGCUGUUAUUGGGAGGUUGAGUGGAGAAGAACGGCUUGGAUAUCAGUGAGUUACAGAGGAAUCAAAAGGAAAGGAAGGAGUGAUGAGUGUGUGUUUGGUUUAAAUGAUCAGUCCUGGAGUCUCAGAUGCUCUAAUGAUGCUCAUUCUGUCUGGCACAGAAGCAUAAAAACGUCCGUCUCCUCCUCCUCCUCCUCCUCUGUCUCUAACAGAGUAGCAGUGUAUGUGGACUGUCCUGCUGGCACUCUGUCCUUCUACAAAGUCUCCUCUGACACUCUGAUCCACCUCCACACCUUCAACACCACAUUCACUGAACCUCUUUAUCCUGGACUUGGGUUCUGGGCUCCAUCGGACGGUUUAGCAAAGGGUAUUAUCGACAUUUAUGGCCCUCCUUUGAAUAAACUAUUAUUUGACUUUGAGUCAGUGACUCUGUGUAGUUAGUGUUCCCCUGUUAGAGAAACAGUUCAGUCUGUACAUAUUUAUCUCUUUCACUCAGAAACACAUCAUGAGAUGUAUGAAAGAUCCUGAUAUUUAUUUUCAGUACAUUUAGAAUGAUGAAAGAACUCAACUUUGGCAUGUCAGUGGUGGCAUUUGGAGAAUUAAAUCAUCCUUUAGAAACUAGAUAUAAAUAUUAUAUUUUCCAACAUGAUUUUUUCCUGUGGUACAGAUGGCAAUGAAAAGAUAUAAAACAGUCUGCAAAUCAUAAGUUAUUAAUUCAAAUGAUUAUUAACACCACAAGAGAAGAUUUCCUGUUAUUUGUACCACUCACUUGGUCAUGUGAUCUGGUUGUGCAGUCCAUCAUAACUGACAUCGCUUUCUACUUUGAUAUUUUCAUGGUAAAUAGACUGAUUCUUGUUUAGAACUUUUGUGCACACAUUCAUACUCUGAUGGAUGAUGGAGAGGGUUAGUAUCUUGCUCAAGUAUAUUUUGCAUGCCAACUGGAGCAGCCAGGGAUUGAACCACCAACAUCCUGAUCAUUAGAUGCAUUGCUCUGUCUCCUGAGCUAUAACCAGCCAUCAUCAACGCUCUUUCUUAAACCCUCUCUGAGAGAAUCUCAAACAUGAGGAAGACAGGGAAGAGAGUGGACUCAUUAGUAAAAUGAAAAACAGCCAAUAUUGACGUUUAAGACAAGUGAGGUAACAGAAAUACUAUAUAUGGCAGUGGUCACCAUGGCAACAUCAAUGUCGUUUGCUGCGUAUUGUAUUGAUUCUAAUCCUGUCAGCCUCAUAUCAGGAUAUGCUGUUGUUUGUAUUUCUUUUCAUUGUUACCAUUUUUGUCUUUUUUUAACAAACUAUUUUUUAUCUCUUGCCAUUGUUUGCCAGUGAGUGAAACAAAAUUUUGUUCCAUCUUUCUACAAUAAAAAAUAUCUUCAUCUUAAUGA